UGACAUUGUAUGACAUACAUUGUUAUACAAUGUAUACAAUGUAUGACAAUUGUACUUUAUCAUACAUUGUCACAAUUGUGAUUGUAUAUAAAUAUUCUGAGUGAUGUGAUAAUUUUAGCCUUAAAAGUUUCAUGUACAGUUAUUGCUUCACUGUUAAGUUGGGUUUCACUGUAGUUGAAAAUACAGUUUGACAAAGAGAGUUUUACUCCAUAAAUAGUUUGUGAUAAUGUAGCGUACACUAAAAAAAAAUAACUAAUUGGAUUAACAUAAAAAAAAAUCCUGGAAAGGAUUUCCACCUGAUAACUUUGCUUUAUUUCAACACUAUGUAAUUAUGUUACUCCAAUUUAAAGCAAAUGUGUUAGUUCAACUUAAUUUAUUAAGGUUGAUUCAACUCAUUUACUAUAGUUGGACCCAAUGUAAUUUAAUAGAGCCAGCCCAACUAAUUCGCAAUGUUUUGGACCAAAUAAUUGACUUUACUUGAUUUAGAUGAAUGCAAAUUUAGUUGAAACCACCUUAUUUUACAGUGGUACCGUCACACUACUUAAUUAAGUUGAUCCAACUGAUGAAAAUUAAGUUAGCUCAACAAACAUGCUUCAUGCUGAAAGAAAGCUAUUUAAUCGUGUGGAAAUCCUUUCCAUGAUUGAAUUAUGUUAAUUCAAAGGCAUUUUUUUUAAGUGGUAUUACAUUAAGUGUUUUAAGACAGCACUGGGUGAAAGGGUAGAAAGGACACUCAACAAUUAGAAAAGGUACAACAAUACUUGUGUAGUAUUAGCUUAUUUUGUUUGUGCGAAUUCAAAGACCCUCAAUUCUCAUUUUUUCAGUGUAGUUCCUGGUUCAAAACAGCUUAAACCAAGCUGAGUGGUUUUAUUUUGAAACUCAGCUGUUUUCACCUGUGAAACUUUGACUCAGUUCAGUUUGUCUUAUCUGGUUCCCGCUGUGUUUGAUAAUAAAACAUCUGGUUCCUCGGUGUUCAUAGAAAACAUGGAGACGAUCCUGAGCGUCCUGGGCUUGGAGUGGAUAGACCUCAGAGGUUUUCUGAUAUUUUCCUGUGUUUUUCUGCUGCUGACAGAUGUUGUGAAGAACAGAGUGCCUAGUAACUUUCCACCAAGCCCGUGGUCUUUUCCUUUUAUUGGAGACCUUCCUCGCAUUAAGGAGUCCAAAAUUCACCUGCAGUUUAAAGAGUUUGCAGGGAAAUACGGGAACGUUUUCAGUCUUCGUUUGUUUGGUGGAAGGGUUGUCGUCAUUAAUGGCUACAAGCUGGUGAGAGAAACUCUUAUUGUACAGGGAGAAAACUUCCCUGAUCGUCCCAACAUCCCGUUGUUUGAAGAAGUAUUUCAGAACAAAGGUCUUAUAAUUUCCAGCGGUAACCAGUGGAAGCAGCAGAGGAGAUUUGCUCUUCACACACUCAGAAACUUUGGUCUGGGAAAGAAAACCCUGGAGCGAUCCAUCCAGCAGGAGUGUCGGUAUCUCACUGAGGCUUUUGCUGAUCUACAAGGUCAGCCAUUUAAUGUCCAAAGACUAAUCAACAACGCUGUGUCCAACAUCAUCUGCUGCUUGGUCUUUGGGAAUCGAUUUGAGUACAACGACAAGCAGUUCAAGAUCAUCCUUCAACACUUCAAUGAGACGAUUUACCUCGAAGGAACUGUGUGGGCACAGAUUUACAACGCAUUGCCCUGGCUGAUGAAAUGGCUGCCUGGACCUCAUCAGAGGAUUUUCACCAUAACAUACGAAUUAUUAGAUUUUAUUAAAGUAAGGAUCAAGGAACACAAAGAGAACCUGGACCCUUCAUCACCCAGAGACUACAUCGACUCCUUCCUCAUAGAGAUGGGAGAGAAAGAAGACAAGGAUUCUGGUUUUGAUAUCGACAAUUUGUGUUUUUGCGCUCUGGACCUGUUUGGUGCUGGAACUGAAACCACCACCACCACUUUACACUGGGGGCUGCUGUUCAUGAUCUUGAACCCACAAAUACAAGAGCGGGUCCAGGCUGAGAUAGACGCUGUGAUUGGUCCGUCCAGGCAGCCGUCUAUGACUGACAGAGACAACAUGCCUUACACCAACGCUGUCAUCCAUGAGAUACAGAGGAUGGGGAACAUUAUACCGUUAAAUGUGCCCCGCACAGCUAACCAGGACAUCACAGUGGAUAAAUACUCCAUCCCAAAGGGCACCAUCAUCCUUUCUAUACUGGACUCAGUUUUACACGAUGAGUCCAUGUGGGAAACUCCGUACACCUUCAAUCCUCAGCACUUUCUGGAAAAGGACGGCAAAUUCAGGAAGAGAGAAGCAUUUCUUCCCUUCUCUGCAGGUAAACGUGUGUGUCUCGGGGAGCAGCUGGCCAGGAUGGAGUUGUUCCUCUUCUUCACCUCCCUCCUCCAGAGGUUUAAGUUCUCACCUCCUCCAGGAGAGAAGCCCAGUCUGGAGUACAAACUGGGAGUAACCCAUUGUCCCAAACCUUACCGCCUCUGUGCCGUGCCGCGUUAAACUGCUGCCUGAUGACAAGAAAUUACCCUGCUUAUAUUUCUCCUUUAUAAAUUUAAUCAUUAUAUUAGGAGGAUGAACCUUUGUGAUGCAAUAAAUAUGAAAUAAUAAUGCGAAA